CUCUCUCUCUCUCUCUCUCUCUCUCUCUCUCUCCUGUUCAGUGUCAAAAGUCGAUCUUCCAUAGUUCCUUUCCAUUACUUCCCAGAAAUUAUGACAUUUCCCGAAACUCACGUCCAAUUCCACCUGGAUUUUCUACUCUUCUAUUUCGACCAAAAUGUACCCCUGAUAACAUUUCCCAUUCAAUCCCAAUGAUUUUCUGAACUCACGACCCUUUAACAUACGAACCCAGAUCUUGGGUCCUUCUUCUUUUCAAAAUCCCACAAACCCAUCAGUAUUUCUCAAGCCAAAAAUCAAAUGGAACAUAAACACAAGCUCAUACUCAUUCUUGGACUAACCUUGGUAUGCAUCUUAACAUUUCUUUUCUUUGUGAUCUUUUUGUGCCGUAAAAGGCUAGCAAAACAUGAGUCAAAAGAUAUAGAAACCAUCUCUAAGUGUGAAGAACCACUUGAAAUAGAUAGAGAGGACUUGAUCAAGUUUGAAGGUGGUGAAGAUCUCACUAUUUAUGAUAUACUAGAUGCUCCUGGUGAAGUUAUUGGGAAAUCCAGUUAUGGGACUCUGUACAGGGCCAGUUUAAUGAGGAUCAAUUCGGUUGCUCUGCUUCGGUUCUUGAGGCCUGUUUGUACCGGGAGGAUUGAUGAAGUGGUGCCUUUGGUACAUGUGUUGGGGUCUCUAAGGCAUCCCAAUUUGGUGCCUUUAUGUGCUUUUUAUGCUGGGCCAAGGGGUGAGAAGCUGCUAGUUCAUCCCUUCUAUAGCCGUGGCACUUUGGCUCAAUUCAUUCGAGAUGGAAAUGGUGAGUCUCUUAAGUGGGGCAGGAUUUAUAGGAUAUCUGUUGGUAUUGCCAGAGGAUUGGAUUAUCUUCACACAGGAAUGCAAAAGCCUAUAAUCCAUGGAAAUCUCAAGUCAAAUAAUGUAUUAUUGGAUCGCCGUUACCAACCGUAUGUGUCAGAUUUUGGCCUACAUCUUGUCCUGAAUCCGACUGCAGGACAAGAAAUGCUUGAAGCUUCUGCAGCUCAGGGAUACAAAGCACCCGAGUUGAUAAAAAUGAAGGACGCGAGUGAUGAGACUGAUAUUUACAGCCUUGGAGUAAUCUUACUUGAGUUAGUUACGGGAAAAGAACCUAUCAAUGAGAAUCCAACCCCAGAUCAAGAUUUUUAUUUGCCAAGCUCCAUGAGGAAGGCUAUCCUUGAUAAUCGAAUUACAGAUUUAUACCAUCCAGCAAUUCUUCUUGGACGAAGCAAUAAUCCACACCCAGUUAGUGAAGAAUCCAUUCUCAAAUUCUUUCAGCUCGCAUUGGCUUGCUGUUCUCCCUCACCUUCCCUGAGGCCCAAUAUGAAGCAAAUCCUUGGGAAGCUUGAAGAAAUUGGAGAGUAAAGACUGUGGAAGAGAGAGUUGUUUGAGGAAUUGAUCUCGACGAUUGACUCCUUCAAUUGUCAAUUACUAAAAAGAUGAUGGAUAUGAUGACACUAACAUCUGGGGAAGUAUCUCUUCUGGUUAUUCCCUUGAAGCAUAAGCUGAAAUCGUGCUAUCCAAAAUUCUUAUAAAUUUUUCAUAGAGAAGAGUUUCACUUGAGGAGUUCUCCUGAAAGCAGAGAAAGAUUAGAAAAUUCUGCUGACAAACAAGAAUUUAUGAUUUAAUCUUACUGCGAACAAUCAAUUGACAUGGUAUUAUGGAUACUUUGGUUUCAGCUCCGGUAUUUGGGUAAAAUAAAAUCAAUAGUGGCAUAGUUCUGUAAGCGAGGGGUUAACCGCGAAAAUGAUUAUCACUGGGAUCAUGGAGAAUUAUUUGAGACGUGAAGAGGGGUUUCGAUGCGUUCCACUGAUGGAAGAAAUAGCUAAAUUGGUAUCCUGCCGCUUUUUUUUUCCUCCUUUUUUCGGGUUUUUGAACAACACAAUGUUUGGUUGUUCAUUGGCAUCAGAAAAU